AAUCUAUACCUGUAUUUGUUUGGUGCAUUUUUCAACAGGGAAACAUUAUUUAAUAUAUCAUGUUAUAGUUGCAUUUUCUUUUUAUACUUGAAAUCGGAGAGGGUACUAAUGUGGCAGCAGGGGAGGCAAAACUAGUGAUGACUCAUCCUGUUGUCUUCAUAUCAGAACACAGAAAUAGCAGGACACCUCAUUCCAUACCAUGAUUGUGCAGGACUUCAAGGCUGAAACCGCAUCAAAUAAUUGAAGCUAUGUUGGCUUAAGAUGUGACAUGAUAACCUCAUUUGAAGGGUAAUCCACAUUGCCUUCACAUGCUCACCACAUAUCUCUCUCUUUUUUAUCCUUCACUCUCUACAUAUAUAUAACUGAUCCAUGUCAUUGUUUAUAACCCAUCUAAUCUCAAGCUUUCUUUUCAAGAGGAAAACUUCUUUUGAGAAAAAAGAAAAAUGGCUAGUAAGUACCGUACUAGAUCAAUUAGCUUGCCGUCAAGAUCACAUCCUAAUACUCUUAGAAUCGAAGGAGAGCUUAAUAAGCUUAAAACAUUGGAUGCAUCAUCAUCAGGGUCAGUUUGCAUUGGCCUAUCAGGACUGGAAGACUUGUACAAUGGCUUCAAUGAUCUACUCAACAUGUCAACAGCACAGGAAGUCCUUACUCACAGUCGAAAUGAAAAGUGUCUCGACGAGCUACUGGAUGGAUCCGUGAAGCUUUUAGAUAUCUGUGGGAUUACAAGAGAUGUCAUGUUACAGUUCAAGGAGCAAGUUCAAUCUCUUCAAUCUGCCCUUCGCAGGAGAAAAGGAGAUUCAAGCAUUGAAACUAGCAUUUCUGGUUAUACUUGUUUCAGGAAGAAGAUGAAGAAGGAUGCCAAAACAUUUGUUGCCAACUUGAAGCAAAUGGACAGCAAGCUUGAGGCAUCUAAAUUUCAAUAUCAAGAAGACCUUUACUUGAUUCAAUUGUUUAAACAAGUUAUUCUAAUCAAUAGUUUUAUCUUCCAAUCUCUCUUAUCGUUCUUGGCAUCAUCGAAGCCAAAGCAAAGUAGGUGGUCAGUGGCAUCAAAGUUGAUGCACAAAAGAGCAAUAGCAUGUGAAGAAAAGCAAGAAAUUGUGAAUGAAUUAGAAAGUGUUGAUUCUGCAUUAGCCGAGAAGACUAAUUCCGAAAAGAUGCAGAUUGCAAAAAGAAGGCUAGAAGCUCUGGAGAUGGGCAUUCAAGAUAUUGAGAUUUGCCUGGAGAGAGUUUUCAGGCACUUGGUUAAAACAAGAGCCUCUAUUUUGAACAUUAUCUCCCAAUAGAGCCUUCUGAUCAGUUCUGAUUUCUACCCCAAAAAUCUAGCAUAGGCUGUCCUAAUUUUAGAGGGUAUGCCUAAGGAUUUCAAUCCUAAAUGUAAAUGGAUCAAAUUGUAUAUAGUUGUAGAAUUAAAUACAAAAGAAGUUGUAUUCUACAAUCCGAUUUUGGCAGUU